AUGCAGUUGAUAAGGUCGCUUGAGGCUGAAGCAUGUUGGCCUUUUCAAGACCUAACCUGGUUAGACUUCUCGCUAAGAGGGAGGACAUUUUCCGGUGUUAUUCACGAUCUUUUACUGAAAAGUCAGGUGUGGGUGAUUCGUCUGAAAAUUUCCGACUUUCCACUGCUUACUGAAGCUGUCAACACUAGAAAUUAUGGACUAGUCGCAAAAAUUUUGAUGGAACAGGACCCGUUCGAAGUCAGACGCAUAAAAAUGUUAGCGAACACUUCAAAGGCUGCUCCAAACCUAAUCGCUUCCCAGUCGUCGAGACGAAUGGUGGGAUGUAUAUGUGAACCAGAGGCCAAUUCUAUCAAUUGGUUAGAAUUAGACAAAGGUGAUCCAGUUCAGUGUUAUUGUGGGCAUUGGUUCCAGUUGGUUAAUUACGAAGACUAUUUCAACAUGACCAGUUAA